CAACUCGCUGCGACUCUGAACGCACCGCACAUACAAAGUAAACGGGAGGACCGCUGCUCGUUUCACCCGUGGAUACUAUUACACAACUGCCGUCGUCUCCAAACCCUGCCUGUGGGAUACUCUGGCUGCAUCCUCUCAGCUUUACUGUUGUAUCACCUCCUUUUUUUUUUUCUUUCUUUUUUUUUUUUUUCCCCUUUUCCAUCUUUUCUCCCCCUCUCCUCAUCCUUGAGCAUCCUCUCCUGCUCGCAAGUCUUCUGGCUUGCCUCGCUAACUUUUUUCAUCCCACAUAACCCUCCUCCAUCGCUCACCAAACCCCUCGGCAGUCCCCCUACCCUCCUCCUCCUUUUAUUAUUAUUAUUAUUAUUACUAUUAUUGCAGUAGCCUCCCUCCUUGGAUCGGGCGGAACCCAUUUGGUCAGUCUACACCGGGGCACUGCUACAUGGGGCGCACGGUCUCGCUCGGAAAAUGGUCCGCUGUUGGUCACUAGGCGCCCCGCUGAACCUGUCGGGAUUGGAGUUGUCGGUGCGCGUCUGCGUCUCUUUCCCACCUCGCCUGUGCGGUCGGGGCCAGUGAGACAUGGGUCUGUCCGUGGUGGCGCAGGCACAGCUCGAGGAGCCCCGACGGCUGCGCCAGUGGAGCGGGACAGCGGGAGGCUGGCUCCGGAUCACCCUCGUCUCGUUUCUCGCCACUUUACCUGUGGAGCAGCUGCGCGCCUUCCCUUCCUCCCUCAGCGACUGCCAGACGCCGACCGGCUGGAACUGCUCCGGUUUUGAUGACCGGGACACAGAUCUGUUCUUGUGCGACACCAACACAUGCAAGUUUGAUGGAGAGUGUCUAAGAAUUGGGAACAUGGUGACAUGCAUUUGUGAUUUCAAGUGCAAUAAUGACUAUGCUCCAGUGUGUGGCUCCAACAAUAAGAACUACCAGAACGAGUGUUUCCUGCGCAGGGAUGCCUGCAAGCAGCAGUCUGAAGUGCUUAUUAUGUCAGAAGGAGACUGUCCUGCUGAUGCCGGCUCAGGAUCAGGAGACGAUGGAGGAGAGGGCUCGGCGGAGACCGGCCAGAAGGAGACGUCCACCUGUGACAUCUGCCAGUUCGGGGCAGAGUGCGACGUGGACGCUGAGGACGUUUGGUGUGUUUGCAACAUCGACUGUUCACACAUCAGCUUCAACCCGGUGUGCGCCUCAGAUGGCCGUUCCUAUGACAACCCCUGCCAGGUGAAAGAGGCAUCCUGUCAGAAGCAGGAGCGCAUCGAGGUCGACCACCUGGGCCGCUGCCGAGGAGACAUCAUAACCGGGAACAACCGCAGAGAUGAACCCUUCGCACGGACCGACCUUCCGGCGAAGGACGUGGCCCGCCCUCUGACCACCCCCUGUCCAGAUCACUACAAAAACUACUGCGUCCACGGAGAGUGCCAGUUCCCCAGUACGCUGGCCCAGCCCUCCUGCAGCUGUCACUCGGGUUUUAGGGGCCCUCAGUGCGACAUCAAAGAGUACAACGUGCUGUAUGUGGUGCCAGGCUCUGGCAAACUGCACUACGUCCUCAUCGCCUCUAUCAUCGGAGCACUCCAGGUGGUCAUCAUCUGUGUGGUGGUGCUCUGCAUUACCAGGAAGUGCCCGCGGACCAACAGGAUCAACCGGCAGAAGCAGAACAAUGUUCACUUCAGUUCAGAGAACACCAUGCGCGCCUCCACUCGACUUAUCUGAGCCCAGAGACACACCGGACAGCGUCCCGAUCCACGUUACGGCGCGCUGUGGCGUUAGAUGUUCCCCCCUAGUAGGCCAACCCUGAAAAUUAGCAUCUGCUUCCCCUCACUCCUCGCCCUCUCUCCCAAGUACGAACUUGACGAAUGCCCGUGGAGCAAAAGACAGAGCUGGCACACCAGUCAGCGGUGAGACGUCGGGGUAAUGUUGUCAUCCACCGCCGCCAGCUCCCCCCCCACCCC